CGCGAUCCGCAAUAGACGCACGUCCGCGCGUAGUUUAUUACCCAGUGCAUAUACGUGUUCAGUGAACUCACGAUGAAAGCGAUAACCGCAGUGUGCGCCACCGGCGCCUCCGUUCCCGCCAUCGCCAGCGGCCGAGUGCAGAGGCACAGGGAUGGAGAGAACGCCGAGAUACAAAUGUACUUGUCGAAGCUGCAGGAUUUGGUGCCUUUUAUGCCGAAGAACAGGAAGAUUUCCAAGUUGGAGGUGAUCCAGCACGUGAUCGACUACAUUUGCGACCUGCAGUCGGCGCUGGAGAACCACCCUGCGGUGGGUCAGUUCGACGCGGAAGGUGCGCUGGCAUCGCCGCCUUGCGCCGCGGCGCCGCAGCCGCGCCCUCAACGGCGCCCGCUCGGACCCCGCCCGACACCCAACACAAUCCUCCACAACACAUCUUCAAGCCAGGAACACAGAACUCAAACGACGCCUGAAAAACAGAACCAGCCCGAUAGGCCGUCAUGCUAAGUGAUGAGUAGGUUAAGAGACGAUUUAAUUUAUGGUAAAUGUAAGAUAUACCUCGAACGCGGGAAGCCGCGAGUGAGGCCGGGGCGCUCCGGGAGUGGGCAGGCCUCCGCUACAGUUCCAGUGAAGAUCAUCCCUGUGGAUGAUAUCCUAUGCACGAUCUCGUUACGAUCAGUAAAAACUUACUUUAUAUAAUUGUUUUGUGGCAUUAUGCUGAAGACUUAUGUGCAUUGCAAUGCAAUCAACCGUUGACGUCAUCAUGACGUGACGGCCUGUUUUGUUAUAUUUUUUUUAUGUAAAUAGCUUUACUAGUUGUUAGACAGAAGUAAUCAGUUCGUGUUUAUGAGUAUGUUGAGGUUGUGGAAUUACCACGUUCCGAUAUCCUCCUCGGUACCAAAACUCUUUAGAAUCCGAUACAUUAUAUUUUAAAGCCGUCUGUACUUUGUGUUUACAUUCAACUCAGAAUUUGAUAACUCCACAGACAUGAUUUUAUUAAAAUUCACUUUUAGAUUCUUAAUUGUAAAACUAUGCUUCCA